AGGAUCAAACUCACUUCCCAAGACAUCAAACCAAGCAUUAAAAAUCUCAACAGAACAAAAACAAACCCAACUUAUUAAAACCCCUUUUGAAGAAACAAAAAUGGUAGCUUUGACUGCAGAGAAGCAAGACCAGAACCUACUGUCGAGAAUGGCCGCCGGUGACGGACACGGCGAGAAAUCAGCUUAUUUCGAUGGCUGGAAAGCUUAUGAAGAAAACCCAUUUCACCCAAUUGAUAGACCCGAUGGAGUUAUUCAGAUGGGUCUCGCUGAAAAUCAGCUUUGUGGAGAUUUGAUGCGUAAAUGGGUUUUAGAACACCCGGAAGCUUCGAUUUGCACAGCUGAAGGUGUGAAUCAGUUCAGCGACAUUGCGAUUUUUCAGGAUUAUCAUGGCUUGCCUGAAUUCAGACAAGCUGUAGCGAAGUUUAUGGAGAAGACAAGAAACAACAAAGUGAAGUUUGAUCCUGACCGGAUCGUCAUGAGCGGCGGCGCAACCGGAGCGCACGAGACGGUUGCUUUCUGUUUAGCCAAUCCCGGCGACGGUUUCUUGGUUCCGACUCCUUAUUAUCCAGGGUUUGAUAGAGAUUUGAGAUGGAGAACCGGAGUGAAUCUUGUACCGGUUACUUGUCAUAGCUCCAACGGGUUUAAGAUCACGGCGGAAGCCUUGGACGCUGCGUACGAAAACGCGCGUGUAUCGAACAUUCCGGUUAAGGGUUUACUCAUAACCAAUCCUUCCAACCCGCUCGGUACGACGUUAGACCGGGAUUGCUUGAAAUCUUUGGUUAAGUUCACCAAUGACAAAGGGAUUCACCUUAUUGCUGAUGAGAUCUAUGCAGCAACUACUUUUGGUGAAUCCGAGUUUAUCAGCGUCGCAGAAGUAAUUGACGAGAUCCCCGAUUGCAACACCGAUUUGAUCCAUAUUGUCUAUAGUUUAUCAAAAGAUAUGGGUCUGCCCGGUUUAAGAGUCGGUAUAGUAUACUCUUACAAUGACCGGGUGGUUCAAAUUGCCAGGAAAAUGUCGAGUUUCGGUUUGGUUUCGUCUCAAACGCAGCAUCUGAUCGCCAAAAUGUUAUCCGACGAAGACUUUGUAGACGAAUUCAUCCGCAAGAGCAAACUACGGUUGGCUGAAAGACACGCAGAGUUAACCACCGGUUUAGACGGUUUAAGCAUUGGUUGGUUAAAGGCCGGAGCCGGUUUGUUCAUAUGGAUGGAUUUAAGAAACCUUUUGAAGACGGCUACAUUCGACUCGGAGAUGGAGCUGUGGCGUGUGAUCGUCCACAAGGUGAAGCUGAACGUUUCUCCAGGCGGUUCGUGCCACUGCCACGAACCGGGAUGGUUUAGAGUAUGUUUUGCGAACAUGGACUACCAGACAAUGGAGACCGCUCUAGAGAGGAUCAGAGUGUUCACUAGUCAAAUUGAAGAGGAGAGUCUGAUACUGACUAAACCGAUGGCUAAGAAAAAGAAGUGUUGGCAGAGUAGCCUCCGGUUAAGCUUUAAGGACACGAGACGGUUCGAGGAGGGCUUCUUCUCUCCUCAUUCACCGGUGCCACCUUCUCCGCUUGUUCGUGCACAGAUAUAAGACCGUUUCAGUUUUUGACUAGACCAAGCUGUCGUAAAUUGAAAGAUAAAAAUUAUUUAACAUUGAUUGUGACAUUUUGUCUAAUUAAAUGUAUAGCUACUACUGUCAAGUUGAAUAUUUUUAUAAUGUAUCUCUUGUAAGUUUAACCAGUUGAAUAAUAUAAUAUGAGAAACCAUAAUUUCUCUAAUCGUUA